UUCUUCGGUUGAUUAAAAAAGUGCCCUCUCAUCCUCCAAAAAAAUCUCACAGUGCUCUCCUCCUCCAUCGAGUCCAUUCCUAUUUUCGCAGAAAUGGACCGUCCUACUCUCUUCGCUUUCUUCCUUCUCUCCAUCCUAUCCUCUACGUUAGCCUCCACUGUUACUCCCAAAGAAAACAGCGACGAUAACCUUCUGAUUCGCCAAGUCGUAUCGGACGGCGACGAUGAGCUUCUCAACGCCGAGCACCACUUCUCCAGCUUCAAGAAAAGGUUCGGAAAGACCUACGCCUCUCAGGAGGAGCACGACUUCCGUUUCGCCAUCUUUAAGGCUAACUUGCGCCGAGCCAAGCGCCACCAGAAGCUUGACCCCGGUGCCGUACACGGCGUCACAAAGUUCUCCGAUCUUACUACCGGUGAGUUCCGCCGGAAGUUUCUUGGUCUCAGGCGUCUUCGUCUCCCCACCGAUGCUCACAAAGCUCCGAUCCUUCCUACCAACGACCUUCCAGCUGACUUCGAUUGGCGCGAUCAUGGCGCUGUCACGCCGGUCAAAGAUCAGGGAUCCUGCGGGUCGUGCUGGUCGUUUAGCACGACUGGAGCUUUGGAAGGAGCACAUUUUCUAACGACAGGGGAGCUCGUGAGCCUGAGCGAGCAACAGCUUGUGGACUGUGAUCACGAGUGCGAUCCAGAAGAAUAUGGUGCAUGUGAUGCAGGCUGUAAUGGUGGGCUGAUGACCACUGCCUUUGAGUACAUACUCAAGGCUGGUGGAGUAGAGCGAGAGAAGGACUAUCCUUACACUGGGACUGAUCGUGGUUCCUGCAAAUUUGACAAGAGCAAGAUCGUUGCUUCUGUGUCUAACUUCAGUGUUGUGUCCCUUGAUGAAGAACAAAUUGCUGCAAAUUUGGUGCAGAAUGGCCCUCUUGCAGUUGGUAUCAAUGCAGUUUUCAUGCAGACAUACAUAGGAGGAGUUUCUUGCCCAUACAUCUGUGGAAGGCAUUUGGAUCAUGGGGUGCUUCUGGUGGGCUAUGGAUCUGCUGGCUUUGCACCAAUCCGCUUGAAGGAUAAACCUUACUGGAUCAUAAAGAAUUCAUGGGGAGCUAGUUGGGGAGAGGAUGGAUAUUACAAAAUCUGCAGAGGUCGCAAUGUUUGUGGGGUGGACUCCAUGGUCUCAACCGUAGCUGCUCUGCAUAAUUAAUAUGUCAUUGAAUUGUCAUAUCAUUUAGUAAGUUGCUAGGGAAGUGGGGUAUGAGCUAUGUAAAUAUAUAAAAUGAUGAUACCUAUUCAGAUAGCUUCUUGAUGUUCCCAUAAGCAAACUUGUGAUGCUUCUGGUGUUAUCUGCAAGCUUAUUCCAUGGUUGUAUGUUUCUUUAUGAUUGUACUAUCCUUUGCUUGCUAAACUUUAAUAGAUAAACUAUAAGUUAAUGUUUAAUAA